AAAAAAACAGAAAAGAAAAAUCCACGUGUGCAAUGUCAGGUUCCCCAAAACUAGUGGAAGCUAACGCCGGCGGAACCCAAAAGGCCUCUUUUGCCACUACCAUCUCCAUUUCGCCCCGAGCAUAUUCGCCUCUCCAUGACUCUUCUUCUCGAACGCUUACAUUGCUCGCCACACUCCCACGUCUCCCCGCUUCCUACCUUCUCCAAAUCUUGACCCUUUCCCUAGAAAUACAUUCUGAACUCUGUAGCUUCUCCCAUCUGUUCUCCCUCUCGUCGCGAUGCCUGGCAUGGAGGUCCGCUUCCACGCCGCCAUCCUUCCUCGCAUCCGCCUCCCGGAUGAGCGAUACGUUCCACCCCUCUUCGCCGACGGAGGUCGCCUCUUCCUUGAACCCUGUGUCCCAGAUUCCGCAGUGACGAUGCCGGUUAGAUUGUGCCGUUCCUGCGGAAAGCCGGCUCCUUUGGGCGGGAUCAGGUGGGGAGGCGCUGUCGGGGACUGUUUCCUGUCGGUGAGCUUGUCGGUGAAAGGAAGCGAGGGUUUCGUGCGGGAGUCCGCGGGAUUCCUUGGGAAGGAGGUGAGGAGGUCGGAGGAGGCGGCGUGGGAAGGGAAGGAUGAUGGCGUAAUGGUGGUUUUGGAGGAGCAUGAGAAGAACAGGAUUAAGAACGAGAAUAUGAAUGGUAGAGUGCAGGGGGUGGGAGCCGGUGCAAUGAACACCACCAAGCAUCUCUGGGCUGGAGCUGUCGCCGCUAUGGUUUCGAGGACCUUUGUUGCUCCUCUUGAGAGGCUAAAGUUGGAAUAUGUAGUUGGUGGUGAACAGAGCAAUCUAUUUGCAGUCAUUAACAAAAUUGCAACGACACAAGGGUUGAAGGGCUUCUGGAAAGGGAACUUUGUCAACAUUCUUCGUACUGCUCCUUUUAAAGCAAUUAACUUCUAUGCAUAUGAUACAUAUAGAAAGCAGCUUCUGAAACUAUCUGGAAAUGAAGAAACAACAAACUUUGAAAGGUUUCUUGCGGGGGCUGCAGCUGGCAUUACUGCAACAAUUCUUUGCAUACCGAUGGACACGAUACGAACGAAGAUGGUAGCUCCCGGAGGGGAAGCCUUGGGAGGUGUCAUACGUGUUUUCCGUCACAUGAUCAAAACCGAAGGAUUCUUUUCUCUUUACAAGGGGCUUGUGCCGUCUCUCAUAAGCAUGGCACCUUCAGGUGCAGUCUUCUACGGCGUGUACGAUAUACUGAAGACAGAUUAUCUGCGGUCACCGGAAGGGAGGAACAGGUUGGCUUUAAUGAAACAACAACAAGGUGAGGAAGUGAAUGCCUUUGAUCAACUGGAGCUGGGACCGGUGAGGACUUUGCUCUACGGGGCCAUUGCCGGUGCUUGUGCUGAGGCUGCCACAUACCCGUUUGAAGUGGUGAGGCGACAUCUACAGAUGCAGGUUCAAGCAAACAAACUGAAUGCCUUUGCCACGUUUAUGAACAUAGUUGACAAAGGUGGUGCCCCGGCACUGUAUGCUGGCAUGAUUCCUAGCUUGUUACAGGUACUGCCAUCUGCUUCCAUUAGCUAUUUCGUCUACGAGUCUAUGAAGAUAGUGCUGAAGGUGGAAUGAGCAUAUUGGAGGGGUGAUUAAUUGUUUCUUCUGUUUUUUCUUUGUAUUUUUUCCGAGCUCAAAUAAACUAUAAACCCUGGAAUCGAAUUGCUCACCAUCAUGUGAUCAGAUUAAACCAUGACGUGCCACAACGGGGCCGAAUGUUCCUACCAACCGGGCAAUGUGGCCGCCUAUAAUAAAUAUACAGGUGUUGAAUCAA